AUGGCACCUCUCCGCGCUCCAUUGCGGUGUCUCGCCCAAACGCCUCGGCGGUUCUACUCUGGCGCACCUACACCAUCCGCGAAGCUGAACUUGCCUAUUGACUAUAAAACCACUCCCAUUUUGCAUCAUACAUCGUCUUCACUGUCCAAUACAUCAGAAUACCCUGCUGCGGCUACAACUAAGCGACUAAAUUACUUCCAAGCCAUCAACUCUGCUUUACGAACCGCCCUGUCUACAUCGGAAAAAGUGCUUCUCUUCGGCGAGGAUGUUGCAUUCGGUGGUGUCUUUCGGUGCUCAAUGGAUCUUCAAACAGAGUUUGGGUCAGAUCGAGUGUUUAAUACGCCCUUGACGGAACAAGGUAUUGCGGGAUUUGCAAUUGGAGCUGCCGCGGAAGGGAUGAAGCCGGUAGCAGAGAUCCAAUUUGCCGACUACGUCUUCCCAGCAUUCGAUCAAAUUGUCAACGAGGCAGCCAAGUUCAGAUAUCGUGAAGGUGGGACGGGGAUCAAUGUUGGUGGACUGGUGAUCCGUAUGCCCUGUGGUGCGGUUGGUCACGGUGCCUUGUACCACUCACAGUCUCCCGAGUCCCUAUUUGCACAUGUUCCUGGUGUGCGGGUAGUCAUGCCACGAUCUCCAUCACAGGCAAAGGGCCUCCUAUUGGCGUCCAUCUUCGAGCAUAACGAUCCGGUGAUAUUCAUGGAGCCUAAGAUUCUCUACCGCGCAGCCGUGGAACAUGUCCCGAACGAAUACUACACUAUCCCGCUCAGUAAAGCUGAAGUCAUCAAACCUGGCAAGGAUUUGACAAUCAUUUCCUACGGACAGCCUCUCUACAUGUGCUCUUCUGCUAUCUCGGCCAUCGAAAAAACCAUGCCAGGCGUCAGCGUGGAGCUUAUUGAUUUGCGUACCAUUUAUCCCUGGGAUCGUCAAACAGUCCUGGAGAGCGUACGAAAGACAGGGAGAGCUAUUGUUGUCCAUGAAAGCAUGAUCAAUUAUGGUGUGGGUGCGGAGGUUGCAUCUACCAUCCAGGAGGGUGCUUUCCUGCGUCUAGAGGCCCCUGUCAAGCGCGUUGCGGGUUGGAGUACGCACACGGGUUUGAGUUACGAGCAAUUUAUUCUGCCUGAUGUUGCAAGGAUCUACGACGCUAUCAAACAAACUCUUGAGUACUGA